AUGUCAAUGUCAAGUUUAAGGCACGCUGUUUCCACCCUAAGGUUUCAUUCAAACCCCAUUUUCUUUCUUUGCUUUCCGUGGACCUCAAGGCUGUACUCUCAUUCUCAGUCUCAACCCUCAUUCAUUCACAAUGCCGAUGAUGCUGUUUCCUUAUUCAAUCGAAUGCUCCGUAUGCGUUCUACCCCAUCCAUCAUCGAAUUCAACAAGAUUUUGAGCUCCCUUGUGAAGAUGAAGCACUACCCCACUUCUAUAUCACUUUCUAAACAAAUAGAAUUCAGGGGAAUAACUCCAAGCAUUGUUUCUCUGAACAUCUUGAUCAAUUGUUUCUGCCAACUAUGUCAAAUGCCUUUGGCUUUUUCAGUAUUAGCCAAGAUUUUCAAGAGGGGUUAUCAUCCUGAUACCGUAACCUUGACAACACUUAUGAAAGGUCUGUGUCUUAAUGGUCAGGUUAAAAAAGCACUGGACUUUCAUGACAACGUGGUGGCACAAGGAUUUCAGUUGGACCACUUUAGUUAUGGUAUCUUGAUCAAUGGGUUGUGUAAAAUAGGAGAAACACAAGCAGCGAUUGAGUUGCUGAGAAACAUUGAAGGGCGAUUGAUUAAGCCUAAUGCGGUAAUGUACAACACAAUUAUUGAUAGCCUAUGCAAAGAUCAGCUUGUAAGUGAUGCAUGUGAUUUGUAUUCUGAAAUGAUUGUCAAGAGAAUUCCUCCUGAUGUUUUCACUUUCAAUGCUUUAAUCUAUGGCUUUAGCAUUCUGGGUCAAUUGAAAGAAGCAAUUGGUUUGUUAAAUGAAAUGGUAUUGAAAGACAUUAAGCCAAAUGUUUAUUUCUUUAGUAUAUUGCUUGAUGCAUUAUGCAAGGAAGGAAAUGUCAGAGAAGCUAAAAAUGUGUUAGCUCUAAUGAUAAAAGAAGGUAUCGAACCUGAUGUUGUUACUUAUAAUACAUUAAUGGAUGGGUAUUGCUUACUUGAGGAAGUGAAUAAUGCAAAAUAUGUAUUCGAUACUAUGGCUCAAUGGGGAGCCACUCCUAAUGUUCGGAGCUAUAGUAUCAUGAUUAAUGGAUUAUGUAAGGUUAGAAUGGUGGAUGAAGCCAUGAAUCUCUUUAACAAAAUGAAUUGCAAAAAUAUGAUUCCUGAUACAAUAACAUACAACUCUCUUAUUGAUGGUUUAUGCAAGUCUGGGAGAAUCUCAUAUGUUUGGGAUCUUAUUGAUGAGAUGUAUGAUAAAGGUCAACCUCCCAAUGUAAUCACUUUUAAUUCCUUACUACACUCGUUAUGCAAAAAUCGUCAUCUUGACAAGGCAAUGGCAUUAUUCACGAAAAUUAAAGACAUGGGAAUUCUACCAGAUGUUUGCACGUACACAAUACUUAUUGAUGGACUAUGCAAAGGUGGGAGACUUAAGAAUGCACGAGAGAUUUUUCAGAAUCUUUUGAUUAAAGGCUAUCUUUUAAAUGUCCGUACAUAUACUGUUAUGAUCAAUGGCAUGUGUAAUGAGGGCUUGCUUGAUGAAGCAUUGGCCUUGCUGUCAAAAAUGGAAGACAAUGGUGUCAUUCCUAAUGCUAUAACUUUUGAAGUAAUUGUUCGUGCUCUCUUUGAAAGAGAUGAGAAUGAUAAGGCGGAGAAACUUCUACGUGAAAUGAUUGCUAGAGGCCUACUGUAACAGUAAAACUAGGUUUAUUUAUUAUGAUUGAAGAGUUGGAGGUGAAGUGAUUGAUCAAGAAAAGGGAAAUAUGAUGAGAAGCAAGAACUCACUGCUAUGAGAUUUCUGGGUUGCAACUGUGAGUUCUCCAUCUGACGUAACAAAAGACAAGGGAAAUGAUGUAAGUUACAUGCCAGCAGGUUUUGUGAAAGACAAUAGCAGGGAGAUGCUAACCAAAUUCCAUGAAACGAGAAAGAGGACCAAAAACUGGAGAAACG